AUGUUUCACACUUGUAGAAGUGAGAAGAGACUGCUCCCUCUGGGCGGCACCUUUACACGCCUCAGGCGACUUUUUCUGCGCAACGGUCAACGGUUGUACGAGAUCGGUGAGGUUACUGCAGUGCCAUCUCGAUGGGUAGAUGGAUCCCUUGGAGAGUGGAAAGCAUACCGUAGGCAUGACGCAAAUUUUGUUUUUGUUCAGCAAGUACUAGAGACGCGCCUGUUCCCCGCUUGCGUGGUCAUCCCCAACGCCACACCGGACGCUACCGUUGAGAUGACAGCAGGCUCGGGGUACAGACUAGGAGUCGAUGUGGGAGGGACCUUUACGGACGUCUGCGUCAUCACGCCGAACGGGGAGACGGUGCGCACAAAGGUGCCAACUAACGCAGCCGACCAGUCGAUUGGAGUCCAAGAAGGAGUCUGCCAGGCGCGCGACAUUUUAAAGGCCAAGUACGGCUGGAAUGGGAAGUUUGAAUAUAUCCACCAUGGCACGACGACGGCUACCAAUGCGGUGCUCGAGGGCAAAGGCGCAAAGUGCGGCCUGGUCGUCACAAAAGGCCACAGAAACAUCUUGACGAUGAGACGAAGUCAGAUCCCUGGAGGACUGGGCGCAUGGAUCAACUAUGUGGAACCAGAGCCGCUGGUACCUUUGGAGCGCACAGUCGAAGUCAAAGAACGCAUCAAGAUUGAUGGCCAGGUUUUCUAUGAGCUGGAUGAACUGGAUUUUCGAGAUGCGCUCCAGGACCUGAAAAGACAGCAGCCACAGGCGAUUGCCGUCUCCCUCCUCAACUCGUUCAGCAACAGCGUUCACGAGAACAGAGUUCGAGAGAUUCUGAGCGAGGAAUUUGGACCGGACAUCGAAAUCGUCACGUCGACUGAUGUGCUGCCGGAAAUCCACGAGUAUGAACGGACAGUCACGACGGCGGCCAACGCAAUCGUGAAGCCAGUCGUCAAGAAGUACGUGCAAAAUCUGCAGACGAAGCUCGCGGACGACACAGACGUGAUACGUAUUCUCAAAUCCGAUGGAGACCUCACUUCGGUAGAUCUUGCUGGAGAAUCUCCCGUACACAUCCUCAUGAGCGGUCCGGCGGGUGGUGUCAAAGCUGUUUCGCAUCUGAUUGCGAAGAAUACAGCCUUUCAGAACCUCAUCACAAUCGACAUGGGCGGUACAAGUACCGACUGUGCAUUACUUUCAGGGGCAGAUGCCAUCAUCAGACGGGAGACUGAGAUCGGCCACCUAUCUGUCAGAGCACCGUCCGUUGAUGUCAAGACGGUAGGUGCAGGGGGAGGCUCCAUCGCCAUCUACAAUGAAUUCACCAAGAAUUUCCGCGUGGGCCCAGAGUCCGCGGGAGCUACACCUGGACCUGCUGCAUAUGGCAAAGGCGGCACACAGGCGACUGUCACGGAUGCGAAUCUUACAUUGGGAUAUCUUCCAUCAAAACUACUAGGAGGGAAGUUUGAACUCGACCUAGCUGCAUCGGCCGCAGCAGUCGAGUCCAUCGCUCAACAGACGGGACUAGAUGCCAUAUCCACAGCAGAAGGCAUCAUCGAUCUGGUCAACGAGAGCAUGCAUGGUGCCCUCCGUCUCGUCUCUGUCGAGCAAGGGUACGAUCCUCGCGACUUUGCUCUUGUAGCCUUUGGUGGUGCUGGACCUCUGCACGCCAACUCCCUGGGCAAACUCCUCGAAUCCUGGCCUGUGAUUAUUCCCCCAAGCCCGGGUACACUGUGUGCGCAAGGCGAUGCUACUACCAAGAUGUCGCACGAGCAGAGUUGCACGUACAUCAAGACAUUUUCUGAAAUCACGCUCGAUGACUUGAGAGUGACGUUGCAGACGCUGACGGAGAGUUGCAUGAAGACGAUGCAGAGCUCACUUGUUAAUUCUGAGGCUCCACUUCGUAUCGUAUACCAGUCUGAUAUGCGAUACCAAGGUCAAGCCAUGACACUCACCGUUGACUUUGACGAGUAUCAGCUCGACGAGUCGCAUGAUUUGCUCAAGCUUCUCCGUGACAAGUUCAGCCAGGCUCACGAACACCAGUUCGGCUUCUCGCACGCGGCGGCUGAAAUCGAGACGAUGCGUAUGCGCGCCAAGGUCAUCGACGCCUCGGAAGAGGUGGCCAUAAAACCUAUUGACAAGGCUGACAACGAAGAGCCUCCUGUAGACGCUAUUAUGCUGAAGCAGCACAUCAUCUACCAAGGCCAAAAGGUCGAGGCCACGUUCUGGGAUCGCACCAAAGUGACCCAGGCUGGCAUCAAGAUUCACGGGCCAGCCAUCAUCACAGAAAUGGAUUCGAAUACGCUCAUCCUGCCUGGAUUCUACGGCGAAAUCGAUGCCAUGGGCAAUAUUCUGAUCUGGCCGGAAAGCAAGAAACCCAAAGAGACCACCCUUCACACAGAGGAGUCGGCAACAGAGCUCGUAGCCAAGCAACCCCUGAUAGCCACCCUCAUCGCCUCCGCACUGGGCUCGAUUCGCCGCGAGAUGGACACGCUGAUGUUGCGCUGCGCCAUGAGUCCCGCGAUCCGCGACCAACAGGACGAAUUCAACGUCAUCACAAACACACGGGGUCAAAUGCUCGUCGGCCAAUUCGGCAGCUUCAUCACACAGUUCCUGGAGAGCUGGCAAGGCACGAUUGACGAAGGCGACAUCUUCAUCACAAACGAUGUCUAUCAAAUCGACGGCGCCGUCUCCCAUCUCAACGACGUCAUCGUCCUCCUCCCCAUACACCACCACCACGAGCUCGUCGGCUGGGCUGCAAAUUUCGGCCACUUGACCGACGUCCAGGGCAAAGUCCCGGGCUCCAUGAGCAUCAACGCGACCACAAUCUUCGAAGACGGCCUCCAGAUCCCCAUUGUCAAACUGUACGAAAAGGGCGUGUACAAUGCCGGUCUCGCGGCCGUGCUCUUCCGCAACUCGAGAAAGCCAGAAUGGUUCCAGUCCGACCUCGUCGCCCUCGUCACCGCAUGCCGCACCGCAUCCACGCGCGUCCAAGAACUGUGCGCAAGAUACGGGCUAGCCGUCUACAACGCCGCCACAGACGCCCUACUCGCACAAUCCCACGCCGCCAUCAAGAAGAUAAUCGACACAAAACUCAACACGGAGCCCUACAGCUUCACCGACUUCAUCGACGACGACGGCCACGGCACAGGUCCCUACGCCUUGACCUGUACCAUGCAAACCGUAAACUCAACCCUCGUCUUCGACUGGUCCGGCACAUCCCCACAAGCCAACUCGAGCAUAAACUUCUACUUGUCCCCAACCCUGUUCAAAAUCUUCAUCGGAUACUACCUCCUCGCCAUCUACGACCCACACGCCCUCGUAAACGACGGCUUCCACGACCUCCUCGACAUUCGCAUCCCAACCGGCAGUAUCCUGCGCCCCGUUCGUCCCGCCGCACUCAGCUGUCGCACCCAUCUCCUCGGUCGCGUCAUGGACGUCAUGCAAGCCCUCAUCGGCCACCACGACCCAGCCUACCGCUGCGCCGCCGGCUUCUCCGACUCGCCGCACCUCUUCUACUCUGGCUUCCGCCCCACCGACGGCUCCUUCUACCUGCUCUAUCAAAUCGGAUUUGGCGGCGUACCCGCGCGGCCCACGGGUGACGGCCCAGACUGCCACUGCUUGUUCCCGGCCAUCAAGAGCAUCCCUGCCGAGAGCAUCGAGUUGUAUUUCCCCGUCGUUGUCGAGGCCAACGAGGCGGUGCCGGAUUCAGGGGGCGCGGGGUUUUGGCGCGGUGGGAAUGCGCAGCGUACGGUGUACAGGUGGUUGUGUGAGGGCGAGGUGAGUUUGCAUGAUGAUCGGUGGUUGGUGAAGCCGUGGGGGGUGAAUGGGGGGAGGCCUGGGACGCGGUCGAGAAAGGUGUUGUAUCGGGAGGGAAGUUUUGGGACGGAGAGGGCGGAGCAGAUGCGUGAGGUUUGUGGCAGUAAGCAGGAUUAUAUCCAUGUUUAUCCUGGCGACGUCCUAGAAUACACAACCUGGGGUGGCGGCGGCCACGGCGACCCACUAACCCGUCCGGCCUCCACCGUCGCCCUCGAAGUCCACCGCCGCCUAGUAACUCCCACCGGCGCCGCCCAAAACUACGGCGUCGUGGUGAAGCGCGAUUUUUCCGUCGACGAGGCCGGCACGACGGCGCUGCGUGCGGCGAUGCGCGAGAAGAGGGAGGCCGAGGCCGAGGGUGAGGGCGGCUGGAAGGGGGAAAGCGGGAUUGAUCGGGGUGGUAGGGUGAGCGAGUUGGUGGCGCGGUGUGAGGCGGAGACUGGGCUCAAGGCGCCGCGGUGGCAGUGGGAGAGGGAGCCGUAUGGGCCGCAUGUGGGGUUGGAGUAUGUCAAGGCGUGGUAUGAGAGGAUGAAGAGGGAAGGGGUCGAGGUUUUUGAUAGGGCGUAG